GAGGAAUACCAAUAAUGCAAAGGAUCAUAUCAAGUCGAAGCAUGGUGAUCAUCCUUUGGCAGUACUUGCAGAGCAGAAUACAGCUCAAAAGCCAAAACCGACGUUCUUGCUGCAGAAGCUGCCGCUGAAGAAGUGCUAGACCUAACAGGUGACUCGGGGUAAGAGCCAAAGACGUCCGAGAUGGCUACUACUGGUUCUACGAUGGCAACUAAUACAUGCAAGUCCCCACAGCGUUUCUUCAAAGCAAGCGAAAAGACGCUGCACGUGCUGAUUUCGAAGUGGCUAAUUACGCAGGGAAUACCAUUUCCGGCCUGCAGAUCGGCGCCCUUCGAGGAGAUGAUGCGCGCAGCUACAGGCGACCCAGCGUUUCCCAUGCUCAGUCGCGACAGACAUGACCACUUGCUUGGCGCUGGUCGAGGCGCAGAGUGA